UAAAAAAAAGUCAAGAAUUGGGACAGCUGUAUGGUAUUUAAGUCAGUUGAUAGUUGCAGCUAUGUUCCAGAUAAUAUUCAGUCUGCCCAUUGCUAGUGAAUAUAUACAUCUAUAUAAUUUGUUAGCUGAUUGUACUUGAAGUAUUAUUAGUUUACUAUAGUAGAGGACUUGGAUUUGUAAGAUGGUUUGCUGUGGCUAGAGACUAUUGAAACAUGAGAAAAAGGAUUGUGUAUUCUGGUGGUACGCUUGUACCCAAAUCUUCCUGAGGAAGGGUAUUCCAUACAGAACCCUCACUGGUGUAAAAGAGUUUCAAUCCUUGUGAAGAAUAACAAUUGGAAAAUUUCACAGCCUAAUUCCUUUUUAUAACCAAGAAAAUAUUGCUUAAUAUUUUGAAAAUGCCAUCUCAAUGCACUAACAGCAAACUCUGUACCGAUGUUGUGAUUAUAGGAAAUGGGCCGUCUGGUAUUUGUUUAUCUUACUUUUUGUCUGGAAAUAAACCAUAUUAUAAUGGGAAACCACAUUCAAACCAGAUAUUGGCAGAAAAAUUAAAGAAAUGUGGUCAGAAUGGUUCUAUUGUAGAUCAGGAGCUUGAAUCACUGUGUGAAGGUUUAGAGGGAAGAUCGUCUAACCCAGUGGCUGUUCUAUUUGACUCCCUCUGUCAUCCAGAUGCUGAUCUAGGGGGAGAUAAUUUUUCUCUUCUUGAAUGGCGUCAUGAACCAGAGCAUAAGAUAAAUCACAUGGUGCUUGGGAGAGAGAAACCAGGUGGCUCUUGGCAGAAAAUGGAUGGCAGUAUGCAAACAUUAAGUUUGAGUAGCUGGAUGGAGUUACCUGACAUGCCAUUUAAAGACUGGCAAUCUAAACAGAAAAGACAUGAAGAUCAGAUAGAGCCUUGCAUGAACCGGGCCACUAUAACAGAUGUCUGUAAUUAUUACACUGCUUUUGUUGAAGAAAAGAAUUUAAAGAAGAAUUUCCAUAACAAUUACACUGUGACCUCCGUUAGAAAAGUGUACAGGAAUAAGAAGGUUGUUGACUGUGAAAAUGGUGAGACUGAACCAUGCUGUCCAAGUAUGACAAAACAUCCAUACUUCUGGGAGGUCAGAGGUUACAAGUUGGUAAACAGUUUCCAUGGUGAUGGGACAGAGGAGGUAGAUCGAGAAGACUUCUGCAUAUCCUGUCUCUCUGUCGUCAUAGCAACUGGAACUUUUGAUAUACCUAACAAACUUGGAGUGGUUGGUGAGAAUUUACCGAUUGUGAGUCAUUCUCUACAUGACUUUGAAUCUGUGAUAAAAAAAGAACAACUCAAAACUUGCCCAGACCCUAUGCUGGUUGUGGGGGCGGGGCUUAGUGCAGCAGACGCCAUUCUUAUGGCUGUGCAAAACCAAGUGCCUGUGCUUCAUGCAUUCAGAAGAGGAGCCAAUGAUUCUUCUCAAAUCCUGAAAAAACUACCUCAUAACAUGUAUCCAGAAUAUCACGAAGUACAUCAGUUGAUGAAAGGCACAAAGAAGAAUCCAUACUAUAAGCCUAUGUCAAAGCACUCUGUCCUAGAAAUCAAAGAUGAUAAGAAAGUUCUACUUAAACCUCAUCAAGCUUCUUCUGUUGAAAUAAAUUCAUUAGACAUUUCACAUGUAGCUAUUCUUAUUGGUUCACGACCAGAUCUCAGUUUUUUACCCAGUGGAGGUCGAAGUAUUGGUGUAAUGCCAAAAUAUCCAAUAGAAAGCAAACACAAUCCUAUUGAUAUUGAUCCUUAUUCAUAUCAAUGCAUCCAGGAACAGGGACUUUUUGCUAUGGGACCAUUAGUUGGUGAUAAUUUUGUUAGAUUUGGGCUAGGUGGUGCAUUAGGAAUAACAAAUUAUUUAUCACUCCGCAAUAAAUAGCAGCCCCACAUGUUUACUUGCUGUCAAAUAUCCAAUGUCUGUGAUUCUUUAUUUAGACUUCAUUUGUUUUUAGCUCACCUGUCACAAAGUGACAGGGUGAGCUUUUGUGAUCGCUUUUCGUCCGGCGUCCGUCCGUCCGGCGUCCGUCCGUAAACUUUUACUUUAAAUGACAUCUCCUCAUAAACCACUAAGCCAAUUUCAUCCAAACUUCACAGGAAUGUUCCUUUGGUGGUCACCUUUAAAAAGUGUUCAAAGAAUUUAAUUCCAUGCAGAACUCUGGUUGCCAUGGCAACCGAAAGAAAAAACUUUAAAUAUCUUCUUUUAAAAAACCAUAAGAGCUAGAGCUUAGAUAUUUGGCAUGAAACAUCUUCUAUUGAGUGUCUACCAAGUUUGUUCAAAUAAAAGCCCUGGGGUCAAAAUUGGCCCCGCCCCGGGGGGUCAUUGAUUUUCCCUAUAUGCAUAUAGUAAAAACUUAAAAAAUCUUCUUUUAAAGAACUCAAAGAGCUAUUGCUAAGAUAUUUAGCAUGAAACAUGUUCUAAUAAGUGUCUACCAAGUUUGUUCAAAUAAAAGCCCUUGGGUCAAAAUUGGCCCCGCCCCAGGGUGUCAUUGAUUUUCCCUAUAUGCAUAUAGUAAAAACUUAAAAAAUCUUCUUUUAAAGAACCAAAAGAGUUAGAGCUAAUAUAUUUAGCAUGAAACAUGUUCUAAUAAAUGUCUACCAAGUUUGUUCAAAUAAAAGCCCUGGGGUCAAAAUUGGCCCCGCCCCAGGGGGUCAUUGAUUUUUGUUCAAAUAAAAGCCCUGGGGUCAAAAUUGGCCCCGCCCCGGGGGUCAUUGAUUUUCCCUAUAUGCAUAUAGUAAAAACUUAAAAAAAUCUUCUUUUAAAGAACUCAAAGAGUUAGAGCUAAGAUAUUUAGCAUCAAACAUGUUCUAAUAAGUGUAUACCAUGUUUGUUCAAAUAAAAGCCCUGGGGUCAAAAUUGGCACGGCCCGGGGGUCAUUGAUUUUCCUUAUAUGUGUAUUGCAAAAACUUAAAAAAUCUUCUUUGAAAAAACCCAAAUAGCUAGAGUUAAGAUAUUAAGCAUGAAACAUCUUUUAGUGAGGGUCUACAAAGUUUGUUCAAAUAAAAGACCUGGGGUCAAAAUUGGCCCCGCCCUGGGGGUCAUUGAUUUUCUUUAUAUGUGUAUAGCAAAAACUUAAAAUCUUCUUUGAAAAAACCCAAAUAGCUAGAGUUUAGAUAUUAAGCAUGAAACAUCUUCUAAUAAGUGUCUACAAAGUUUGUUCAAAUAAAUGCCCUGGGGUCAAAACUGGCCCGGCCCCAGGGCGUCAUUGUUUUUAACUAUAUGUGUAUAGUAAAAACUUAAAAAAAAUCUUCUUUUAAAAAGCCCAAUGAGCUAGAGCUUAGAUGUUUAGCAUGAAACAUC